AUGCCAAAGUCGCCGCGCGGCAACUUCAACUACGUAGACAUCAACAUGUACAGGCCCUUCAACUCGUCGAUUACCACCGCCCCAACAACCUUGACCGCACACAGCCAUGGAUACCGCACUCCUACUCACAAGACUCACGAGCCACAGUUAUCGAACCCUGCGUUCUCGCCGACUGUCCAUGUCCCGCAGUCGGUCCUGAUUAACAGCAACCCCGAUGACGGCUACCGAGCAUUGAUCGACGAGCUUCCCAGCCAUAUGACGAACCAGGCCUUUGGAUUCCGACCACAGCAGCACGAGCACCAGCGCCAGCCCAGCGUUGAGAGUGCACCUCGCCCAUUCAUUGAUGCCCCUCAGCAUCACCAGAACAUCCACCAGCAGUCUCCGCAGCACCCAAAGCAAUCCCACCUACAGCACGGCGUUCAGUACCAAAGUUUUAAUCAGCAACGUGACCUCGGCCAAAACACCAACAACAAUCACAGCGAUAACUUGGAGCUGCAGCAUCAAAACGGUAGACAACAGCAGCUCCACAAUGCCCGGGCUGUUCCCAGCCGGCCUCCACCAGGUCCUCCCGUUCAGCUCGUCAACGGCAUGCACCCCGCUCGACUCGCACUCCUCCAAACAGCAGUAGAACCUGAACCUGAACCUGAGGCUCCAGUACUCUCGGAUAGGCAGCUAAGGAAAAAGGCCAAGGCGGCUGAGAAAGCGGCUGCUCCAGCGUUGAUGAACAAGGUACAAGGCAAUUCCACCGCAGCAGCCUCAUCCUCCUCAGCCCCCUCACCUGCUGCCGCUGCUCCUCCCGCGACUGCCACCCCUACUCCCGCUGCCGCGAAAUCAAACGGCCCGAAGCCAAAGCUGGGGGUCCCGCCUCCCACCAGAGCUAGCCUCGAUGCUGACCAUUUGACAGUACAGCUUCAGGCCGCCAUCGCCUCCAAGAGCGUCAAAAAGCUGUGCAACACCGUCAGGAAGGCUGCAGGCGAGUGCAUCGUGCGCGCGUUCAUUUACAUCAUGAGUCGGAACUUCUCGUUCAUGUCUCUGGACCUAUUUCUGAACCUCUAUUGUAAGGCCUUUGGCUGCCCCACUCUUACCGAGCCGCACAUGCACGACUCUAUGCUGGAGGCUAAACUCUUCAAACUCAUGAUCGAGACCAAGAUUGAGAACGAAUAUCCACACCGCAAGUUUUACCGCCUCAGUCCACACUUUUUCCGUGUCCUCGAAGACCGUGCCAACUCCACUGCCGACAUCCCAGCCGAAUGCAAGGAAGUCGUCAUGUACGAUUUGGCGAACAAAGCCAACCUUCCGCCCGUCGCUCCAAUCCCCCCAGCUAUGGUUACUUACCUGUUGAACUGUUGGGAUCUCAAGCUCUACAACAUUGCGCUCACACACCUCGCUUAUACUCCCGCGCGCUGGCCAACCGUUGCGCCUCUGAACGAUCUCCAACCAUUCCUCGCUUACUGGUACACACCUCAAUACGAGUUCUCCCAGCACAUGGCACCACUCAAAUCAGUCGCUGCAGCCAAAGUGGCCGCAGCUGCAGGCAAGGCCAAGGCCAAGACCGGAUCCACCCCAACUGGCACCUCCCCGAGCUCCCCUCCCGCUGCGACCUCGACCAUCGAGGGAUCUACUAGUACCAGCACAAGCACACCUACUGUGGACGCAGUCGCGCUUGCUUUCGAACUCUUGUUAGACACGGCCAAGUUGCAGGGUAAGCCAGGAAAUGAGUCGAGGAGGCUGCUUCGUUUGUACGAACAGAGGCUGGUCGAUGCGAACGUUGAAGUGUUGCCGCAGGUCACGGCCAUCUUGGAGGAUGAUGCGCUCUCAGAAAACAGUGACAUGGAGCUGGAUGAUGGUGAUGACGAUGACGCUCCAGCAGCCAUCGAUUUGACGCCUGCACCGGUCGCCAUGACUGUGUGUCCUCCGGCCAACGACACCACCUCGACCCCUACUACCUUUACGCGGACGAACCGGGACCCCCCAAUUGGAGCUACGCUGCAAGGGCCAGGCCCAGCGGUACAGUCAUCUCAGAUCCUGGUGGAGAGCCAUGCCCAGACGCCGACCCAGAGCAAGGGCAAGAUGCCAGACCGGACAGGCGGACCAGUGAGAUUCAGCAUGAAGCAGGUGCGAUAUCAGCCGUAUGUUGACUUACAUACAGGUGAAGGCAUUCCUCGUUCCGACAGUAGUAAGCAAAGUAAGUCGAUGGGAGUGGACGGUACCUCGACGAAGGGUAGCUCGGAUCGGCCUCGACCAGCGAUCCCUUCCAACAGGAACUUACCGACUCUGCCUAGACCUUUAUUGCCACCACUCGAGGGACAGGGGUCGUCUUCUGCGAACCCGAUGACAUUGGCGAUGUUAGCAGGAGGUGUGGGUUCGGACAUGACAACGACAGAGCCUCUUUUGCGUCGUUCCCGUGAUGAUAUCUUGAUGCAGCGUCGUUUGGCGAUGAACAAGAUUAUUGAGUACACGAUGAAGAUGCCUAUGAAGAUGGGGCCAAAGGACUAG